AUGGGUAAGAUAUUGCUCCGUGAGACCACGACCAAUGUGACUGAUUGGGAUUCGCCAUUGUCACCAGACCAUAAGGAAGCCUGGCAACAAUGGGCACAGUCACUGACGUCGUUCAGAAACAUUCAAGUACCACGUUUGUACCUGGAUAGAUCCCUUGACCUUUCAGAAGAUAUCGAAUUACAUAUCUUCAGCGAUGCGUCAGAAAAGGCCAUUUCAGCUGUGACCUACCUCUGUGACAAAACAACGGAUGGCUGUUCGCGGUUUGCCUUUGUUCUUGGAAAGGCAAAGCUUGCGCCUACAUUGGGACACACCAUACCUCGGCUGGAACUCUGUGGAGCGGUCCUUGCGGUUGAGUUAUGGGAAUUAGUGACAGAAAACUUGGAUGUAAAGCCAUCUGUUGUAAAGUUCUAUACCGACAGCAAGGUAACCUUGGGCUACAUAGCGAAUGACACUCGACGCUUUUACACCUACGUAGCGAACCGAGUAGAACGUAUUCGCAGUUGCACAAAUCCCGCGCAAUGGAACUACGUACCAACUCACCUCAAUCUUGCUGACAGUGCUACGCGCUACGCACUUGCAGAUAUUGAGGCGCGACUAGAUGUCUGGCUUCACGCUUCACCAGAAGUAGAAGAGAUGUGUAUGCGAGGCGUUGAACCGAAGAUGUUUCCUAUGGUAGACCCGGACUUCGACAAGGAGGUUAGAUGUGAAGUCCAUGUGAAGGCUACUAUCAUUUCGGGGUUGGACACUAAGCGCUAUGAAAGGUUUUCGAGUUGGAGUGUGUUUGUGAAACGUAACUCAUUCCUUACACACAUUGCAAAGAGCUUCAAAAGAGAAGGCUCAUGCUAUGGCUGGCAUUAUUGCGAGUCCUACAAGACAAUUGACCGCCAUCGUGAGUCGGAAAUGAUCUUACUGAAACAAGUACAACAUGAAAGCUUUGAACGGGAAAUCAAAUGUCAUCAACGACAAACGCCUUUGCCUACAGAUAGCACGAUACUUACCCUGUCACCUUUCAUAGAUGAUUACGGUCUUCUGAGGGUUGGUGGUCGGCUGAACAAGGCCACUAAACUUCUCAGUGUGUCUGAAACCAACCCAAUUAUUGUACCUAAAGGUCACAUCGCGAUAUUGCUUGUACGUGACUUUCACGAGAAAGUGAAGCACCAGGGUAGACUGAUCACAGAAGGUGCCCUUCGAGGAAAUGGUUAUUGGAUAAUGGGGAGCAAACGAACUGUCUCCGCAGUCAUUCAUGGUUGUGUGAAGUGUAGAAGACUUCGAGGACCGAUGCUACACCAACAAAUGGCUGACUUACCACUUGAUCGAGUAACCCCAGGCCCACCCUUUUCAGAGGUUGGCGUGGAUACAUUUGGGCCUUGGGAGAUUGUCACCAGGAAGACACGCGGUGGUGCUGCCAACAGCAAGAGAUGGGCUAUCCUCUUCACAUGCCUUACCACCCGGGCUGUGCACAUCGAGGUAGUAGAAGAGAUCAGUAGCUCAGCGUUUAUCAAUGCGCUACGCCGCUUUGUCUCGAUCCGUGGACCUGUUAAGGUGUAUCGCUCUGACAGAGGCACCGACUUUGUUGGCGCAGCGGACGAAUUGAAAAUUGAGACGAUCAAUGUUGAGGAUCCUAUCAUGAAGAAACACUUGUACGACAGUGUGUCAACAUGGAUCUUCAACGCCCCGCACUCUUCUCACAUGGGAGGGGUUUGGGAACGUAUGAUUGGAAUCACGCGAAGGAUUUUGGAUGCGAUGUUCCUGGAAGAGAAAAAGGGUUUGACACACGAUGUCUUAACGACAUUUUGGCUGAAGCAUGCGCAAUCAUCAACUCCAGGCCAAUCACGACUGUGUCCACCGAUCCUAAUGAUCCUACUAUUCUCACACCGGCCUCGCUCUUGA